CCCUCUCUCUGCUCAUUCUCCCCCUCUCUCACUUCUCUCUCUGUCCACUCUCUAUCUCCUCUCCCUGUCCCUCUCCCUCUCUCUUGUCCAUCCCUCUCUCCUUCUGCCUCUCCCUUUUCUUACUCUCUCUCUAUUCCUCCCCCCUUCUCUCCCUCCCUCCUUCUCUCUCUCUCUUCUUGGGGUUUAUUUUUGGACAGUCACGCCCCGCUCCGGUACAAGCUGCACCCAGGUCACACUUCACACUGACACUCUCUCUCCGAGCCCUGGGACUAAACCAGAACUAAACCAGGACUUUCCCUCCGCUACUAUGGAUCCAACUUAACUAGACCUGGCUCGGACUUCCUUUUAAUUCCACUCGAGGAUUUUGAUUUUUAAACAAUGACGGAUACUGGCGACAAAGACCCUGAAAUUGAACUUUUUGUGAAGGCAGGGAGCGAUGGAGAGAGCAUUGGAAACUGUCCGUUCUCACAGCGUCUCUUCAUGAUCCUGUGGCUUAAAGGGGUCGUGUUCAACGUCACCACAGUGGAUCUGAAAAGAAAACCAGCAGAUCUCCAUAACCUGGCCCCCGGGACUCACCCUCCGUUCCUCACGUUCAAUGAAGAAGUCCUCACCGAUGUCAACAAGAUCGAGGAGUUUCUGGAGACCAUGCUGGCUCCACCAAAAUAUCCAAGACUGGCAGCAAGAAACCGUGAAUCCAACACGGCCGGGAUCGACAUCUUUGCAAAAUUCUCAGCGUAUGUGAAAAAUACUCGGCCCGAUAAACACAAAGGUUUGGAGAAGAGUCUGAACAAAGCUCUGUCGAAACUGGACGAGUAUCUGAUCAGCCCUCUGCCCGACGAGGACGGACACGAAUCCAACCGAAAGUUCCUGGAUGGAGACGACCUCACGCUGGCAGACUGCAACCUCCUCCCAAAACUACAUGUGCUCAAGGUUGUGGCGAAGAAAUACAGAAACUACAGCAUCCCGUCCGAGUUCAGAGGAGUGCUGCGUUACCUUAGCAACGCCGGCAGCAGGGACGAGUUCACCAACACGUGUCCCGCCGACGCCGAGAUCGAGCUGGCCUAUAAGGACGUGGCCAAGAGGCUGGGGAAAUAAAGAGGAUUCAGUUUAAAUUAAAAAGUUCAUGUGACAGGUUAGACUACUCAGGAUUCCAUUAAAACACUAAAAACUCUAAUUAUUUAAUUAAGGCGAUGUUUAUAAGUUUUACUUCCUGGUUGGAGCUCACUGUUACCUAGCAACCAUAAUGUCAACAAGAGCCAAAGCUUGUCUAAAUUAUACAAUAGUUAUGAUUAGACUAAUACAGCAGUUUUAUUUUGUUAAAGCUGCAAUGUGUAACUUCGCGGUUGGGGGUUUGUCAGCUGCUUGUUUCUAUGGAUACGUCAUUGCGCUGCCUGGAAUGUUCCACAGUACGGCAUUAAACAGCUGGUUUUGCUGCAAAAAGAAAAGAAAACUGACAAAAAAAUGAUAGUUUCAACAUUCAUUUCACAAAGUAGAUGUGUUGUAAUUUAUUAUUUUGUUAGUAUAAUCAUAACUAUUGAGUAAUUUAUUUAUUUUAGUUAUUUAUUUUGGCCCUUGGUGACAUUACAGUUGCUAGGUAACAGUUAAAAUCAAACUACUUAAGUCGCUUGUGUUUCCCGUGUCCAACCGGGAAGUAAAAUGAGUCCGACCUGUCAUAUGUAUUUUAAAGAUGACCACUGGAACAUUUUAUUUUUUGUCUUCGGGUGCGUUCAUACUUCUCCUUUUUUGGUCCAAAUGUAGACUUGGUUUGGUCCUGCUCUAGUCCUGGUCUAGUCCAGGUUUAGUCCCAGUUUUGAUGCGGUGAUUUUUAAAAGUUGCCCUAUAUAUUUACAAACACGUUUUUAUUUUUCUUAUUUGAUAUUAAAAGUUUCUUUUCACUCAAAAUGAUCAAUUUAAAUAUUAAGUUAAGUUAAGCGUGACUCACUAAUGUUAUAGCCAGAAGGUUUUGGGUUCAAACCUCAAGGCGACAAAAAAGAAAAUUUGCUUUAUGAUUAAAAUCGAACUUUUUAGUCAUUUUUGUGGUUAUGAUACAAAAAUAAUAUUAUGUCAUCUUGUAAUUGUUCUGAUAUACUGUAGAUUAAAACCUGAAAUGUUAAAAUUUGUCAUAUUUUUGAGUAUCAAUACUUUUUCAAUACAAUUUUUUAACGUUUAACAUUUCAAUAUCGUCUCAAAACUGACCUAUAUUGCUACGUAACAGGGUUUUUUUCACCCUAUAGUCAGUUUAUCCUGUACUACCCUAAGUAAACAUUUUUUUUCAAUACGGCAUAGUUGUAAUUCCCUUGUUGGUGUGAUUUAUUGGCUGUAUUCUGAAUUGCAGAGCUGCAGUAGCCAAAGUAAUGAAUCUUAUAGAGGACAUUUCCGGGUUAUUUUCGUGUUUGUAGCUUAUUGUUUUGUUUUAUAAUCUUUACAAGAAUAACCUGAUUUCCUGUGAAUUUGAAACGCUUAUUUAAUUAUGCGUUUAAAGGUAGUCUGUGUAACUUUUCGGUCGCCUGUUUCUAUGGAGAUGUCACUGCUUUGCAUAGAAUGUUCCACAGUGUGACAUUAAACAGCUCUACUUUACAUUUAUUCAGUUUUAUUCAAUUACAGAUGGUUUCAUAGCUCAAAAAUAACUAAAAAAAACCAAGCAUUCUGACUGUGAGUGGGUCGCCUCUCCACAGAUCUGACCUGUAACUCGGUUUAAUUUGGUCUCCGUGACGACAGAAAGGUUUAACGCCACACUGCGAAACAUUUUAGACAAUAACAUCUUCAUAGAGAGAAGCAUUUGGCAGAACGUCCACCAGAAAAGUUACGCAAUGCACCUUUAACAAAUCUUGUAUUAAAGGUUGUAUGGAGGAUUUUUUUUUUUAGUUUAAAAUUGUCAUUGAAAGUUUAAAAUACCAUUACAGAGACGCAGCAGCUUUUAAUUAUGAUGACCGAAAAAAAAAGAAAGAAUGAAAAUCUAUCAGUUGUGGACGUAGUGAGGCCAGAUAAACAUCAGCCAAUAGAAAACGAGGCUCCCUCUUUUUCUAUUGGCUGUUAGGUUGUCAGUCAAACUCCCUACAUUUUUAGUGUAACUGACUCGUCGGCGCUCGGGGAUUAUGUGGUUUAUGCAGCGGUUCUUUGAGGCUUUUUCAAACUGUUGCUUCCUUGCAAUUCGCACAAAGUUUGUUGCGAUGGCGGACGAGAAUCCAAGACCAGUUCGCCGCAAAAGAAAGUCCGAAGGGUCUAAAAACUGACGCGUCGGUCGCUAAAAUAUUUCUAGGCAGGUCACUUCAACAGUAAUUCUGAACAUGCACUGGAUGUAAACAAAUGUGAUUUCUAGAGUAAAGAGGCGGGAGGAGAUGUUUCUACUGAGGAAGGUGGUGUCACGCAUGCGCAACAUUUGAAAAAGGACUAUCGCUGUAUUUCGCUUCCCUUAAAAAAUCCUCUAUACAACCUUUAAGCUGUACAAGGAAAUAACCUACUUUUUAUAGUAGUGGUUGGUUUUGAUUCUAGGCUGCGUUAGUCCGUUGCUUUACUUAUAAACCUGUAAAUUAUAAAUGUUUAAAUGUAACUUGGAUGUAAAAGGUAACUUAUAAAUAAUAGAGAGAUACCUAGUCGAGAUCAGAACACUGUGUAAGACAUGCUUUUCAAAAUCUGCAACGAUAGAACCAAGAGCUGAUGUGUAUAUGAUGAUUAUUUGCGUAAUAAAUUUAUUUUCUCACAUA